AUGCCUACAUCUUACAGGGAAACGAUUUCUAAAGAUCACCCUGUUUUCAAACCAGAAAAAGGAAGAUAUUACAUUUAUGGAGCCCUUGGGUGUCCAUUCACUCAUAGAGCCAUUCUUGCCAGGUCUCUAAAGCAGCUAGAAUCUGUUCUGGGGCUUGUUAUAUCACACUGGCAAUUAGACUUUGAGGGUGCUCGCUUUUUAUCUGCUCCAGAGCGCCCAGGCUCAUAUGGACAGAAAUUCUUUACCACCGCUGGCGGCAUUGUUUCAGCGACACUAGACGAAUCUGGGGAGUUUGGCGAUGUGGAUAAUGAUUCAGCAAGGUUGUUCGUGGAUGGUGCGUUUGAUCCGGUCGAAAGUAUAUCAAGGUUGAGUGAACUGUACUACUUGGACGAUCCUGAAUACUCCAGUACGAAAUUCACUGUGCCCGUUCUGUGGGAUUGCAAGACAAAGAAAAUUGUGAAUAACGAAAGUGGUGAUAUCAUCAGAAUUUUGAAUAGUGGAGUAUUCGAUGAAUUUAUUGAAUAUACGGGAGCCAGCGUGAUCGACUUAGUCCCCAAUGAUUUGGUUUAUGAGAUUGACAAGAACAUCAAAUGGGUCCAACCAAAUAUCAACCUUGGUGUUUAUAAGGCUGGAUUAGCAGACAACACAAAGGCCUAUGAGAUUGAAGUAAAAAAUUUAUUUGAGAACUUGCAGAAAAUAGAAAACAUAUUAAAGACCAAUUACAAGCGCUUACAAGAGCAGUUUGGUGAUAUGCAGGAUAAAAUUUUGCUCAAGUUUUUCGUUUUGGGGCAAAGGUUAACUGAAGCGGACAUCAGAUUGUAUGCAACAAUAAUUAGAUUCGACAUCGUGUACGUACAGCAUUUCAAAUGUAAUCUGAAAACCAUAAGAGAUGGGUUUUCAUAUCUCCACUUGUGGCUGAAGAAUCUGUACUGGAAUUACAAAGAGUUUAGGUUUAGCACAGAUUUCAAUCACAUUAAGUUAUUUUACAUUAAGAUGGAAACUAGCGAAAAUAGGAUCAAUCCUUUUGGUAUAGUGCCACUAGGCCCUAAACCUGAUAUUGCUGAAUUGUAA